AAAUGAAGCAUUUAUUGGUAGAACCUAUCUGGCAGCCAUUGAUCAUAACACACAUGUGUUUCGGAAAAAUGCUGUUAGUGCCACUGGUAAACUUAAAUACAACAAAGUUUACAGUAAACGUUUGAAAAAUCAUAGGAUUGUGCCUGUCAAAGAUCUGAAAACAUAUGACUUUUGGCCCACACUAUCUACCCGGAUUAUCCAGAAGAGGAUUGAUGAUGAUGAUAGUGUGCACCGUAGAGUGGAAAUUUCCGAGGAGCAUCCAAAAAAUAUUGCACCGUCAAUUUCAUUUCAUCCCAUACCAAAAACAGAUGAUUUGGUUAAACAGUCAC